AGUUCGUUUUACUAACGAUGGCUGAACAAGCGGCAGAAAAUGAAUUGAGUUUCUUGGCUUUAGUCUGUGACGUUCUGAAAAGUAUUGAAAAAGAAUCGCACGAUGUGACUCAGAAGAUGACAGAUUUGAAGAGUCAACUACAGCGAGCAAGAGAUUGCGUGGAGAAAAUGCCAGGAAUCCAGUACAGCAAGACAGAGCAGCUUAAACAGAUCGACGUACUUCGUAACCAAAUGGCCGUCAAAACCGAGUUACUGCAGAAGUACAAACACAUGCAGACAUUUGAUCUGUCUCAGUAACAGAUUCUACAGAUCAUCAGGGAGUGCAUACAGGAAAGACUGCAUCAUAUAUCGGUGUUCAUCGAUACUGCAUCACUUAUAUACUUUGUAACUCAACAUUAUUUUUUAUAUCUAGUUGAAACUUGUGGUUCAAUUGAAAACAUAUUAUUUUCAUAAGUGAACUAUUUUGAGAUAUUAUUGUGUAUAUUUUUGUUAAUUAGAAUACUUACAGUAUUUUAUCUUUACUUGCUCUUGUGGGGGAAAAAAAAUACAUCCAAAUGUCGGACGUUAAAAAUGACGAUGUGCACAGGCACCCUAUAUUUCACAAAGACCCUGAGCAAUGGUUGCAGUAUAUGAACAAAGAGGUUCUUGUUGUGACAGAGGACGGAUCCGAGUGGUCGGGAUGGGUUUACACCGUAGACCCUGUCUCAGAAAGCAUGGUUCUCUUCCAGUUUGAAGAAGAAAGGACCAGGAUGGAGAUUGUGAUGGGCCACGCUAUCAGAAAUGUUACCAUUCUCAACAGCGAGACACAGACUCACAAAGAUAAGUUUGACAAGCUCUUUAGAACGAGAGAACAGGAAAGUUUCUCAGAGGAGGAGAUAGAAAGACGAAGAAAUGUUUUGAAGUUAUGGCUCGUGAAGAAUCUUCUACCCGUCUCUACUACAGGGAAUAAUGGCGAGAUACUUUCCAUAUCUGAUGCCUUGUAUAUAGAGCCUCCAUAUGGACCUGAGAACUGUCGCAGCACAAAUGAGAUCAUUCUUGGAAGGAUUCAGGGCCUCAUUAAGAACAUGCCAGCUGAUCAUGAAAACUGGUGAUUUUCAUUAUCAACCAUUUUCACUAUCAAGUAUAAAUUCAAAGACUCCAUUUUUUCAUAAUAAGGCCAAAUAAAGUAAAUCUAGUGUUUCCGCUAUUACCCUACCUACCCUAGAUUUUGUGCUUUAAACCAUAAUUUUUUUAUUGGCAUUUAGUGAUAUGCACUGUUAAAGUCAGAACUCCUGCUCUAUAUAAGCAUAUUAUAAAUAUUAUAAGCAUAUUAUAAAUAUUUUCCAAAAUAAUAACAAUUCCCUACCUACCUACCCAAUUUUUUGAAGUUGAUAGCGGAAGCACAAGUUUUUUUUGUUUGACCUAAGGUCAUUUACAAAUACAAUGGUUUGUAGUCAUUUAUAAGAUUGAUAAUAAAAUUUGUCAACAACAAUUUACACUA